CCGGACACGGACCGAGGGACCCGUGAGACCUUUUUCCCGUGAGACGUGACGCCUGGUCGAGGCUUUCAGGGAAGUGGAAUGUAUUUUUGGGCUGGAAGGAGGGUAAACCCUCUUUUCGUUGGACUUUGCUACAUGCUCAUUGGCCGAAUCAGCCUUCGAUCCAUGUGAUACUGUAAGCCUUCCUUAAAGGCACAGCACCAAUUGUCCAUGGGACACCGCAAAGCGUGGUUGUGUUUGAAAGUAGAGGCUUGACCGCCACGACUGUGGUUUUACAGUGCUGCAGAUACUUUUGGGUUUCUCACUGUUUCUUGCGGUUUUAGGCAUUGGACCAAGAUCGCUGCAAAGCCUCUUGCUUGCAGAAUCACCCCCCAAGAAACCACUGGAGCACCAGCGCCUUCACCAUUCUUGGACUCCCAACGCCACGACACGUUCCGUCGCACCGGCGCAGCGCUGAGCCGCAGCGGUCGCGCCCGUCGAAACUCGCUCGCGAGCUCGCUCGCGCCGGUGGCGGCGGCUGCGGUGACGCGGCCGGGUUGUGAGCCAUGCAGAGCUUGUGCAUGAAGCGGGCCUCAUUGGUGCAAGAUCAAGGGCUCUUCAAAGCUGCCAAGGCCUGGCAAGUCUUGUCCACUCUGGCGUGGCCACGCAGCUUCGACCUCGAAGUUUAUUCGACGCUGCCGACGGUUGGUAUGGUGGACAUUUUUAUCAGCCACUCUUGGUCAUGCCCAUCUUGGAUGAAGUUCCUCGCAAUGUGCCAAUACUUGAACUUAGACUUUGCCAUCAAAGCCUCUGGCCUGACCUGCAGCCUGGCAAUUACACUUCUAGUCUUCCGCGCAGGAGGUCUCAGUGCCGUGUCGCAGGCCAGUCAAGGCUGGCUCUAUGGCUCCGUCGUUUGUGGCCCCAUUGCUGUGUUCUUGGGCACGUACUUCUUAGGCCACACUUGGCGCCACGAAUCCUUCUGGUUUGACCGGGUGUGUGUGAACCAAGCGGAACUGGGGGAGAAGGCGAGGACCCUGCAAGGGUUUGAAACGGCUGUCAAUGUGGUCUGCACUUUGUGGUGGCAGAUGCUGACAUGGAUCCCGGCAUUUGUUGCUCACUCACAGCACAUGCUGGUCAUUUUGGACAGCUCAUAUUUUGAGAGACUGUGGUGCAACUACGAGGUGGCUGUGGCGGCGAAGACAGCGAAGAUGGUGCACUUGGUGCCUGUCUGAGAACCUGUGUGCGCUUUGGGGGUUCUGGCUUUAGGCCUGGUCUUCGCCCUGUCGUACUUCGGAACAGAGAUUGAGCCCCGUUUGCAUGGAGACGAGCGGACGACACUGGUAUGGUCAA